AUGAAGUUCCACGCUUCCCAAACUCUACGAACAUCUACUCACCCAGGGAGCCAUUUGAAAGGCGUUGCAAAUUAUCUGGGCAAAGAAGAGCCACAGAAAUCAGCGUGUCCGACCGGAACAUUAUACACCAUUCGAUUGCCAGCUGAUUCGUCUACGACCGAAAAAUAUCUAAAACACUUCAAUGACCCGUCGGAGCUAGAGCAGCUCUUGUCUAUCGAAGAGGACGGACGUGAAAAGCCGGCGAAACAGUCUCAUAUCUUGUUUCUGGCUGGCUAUCCCUCCCCUAAAUUGUUAGCGACCAUUGGUUCAAUGAUUCAGGUCGAUCCUGAGCAUUAUCGUCGCCAUCUCGACUUCCUGUCGCUGUCGGAACUUUUCCCAUAUCCCACGCUCCCUUCUGCUUCCGACAACAUUAUAACUCUCCCCUUUGUUACGAUAGGACACUCUAGCACCAAUACCCGAUUGCAAGGUUGCAUUGAUAAGCUGCGGCAAGACAGUGACCGAAAAAUGAAAGAUUAUCUACACGACCUGUGUCUCGCAAGGACUGUCAGAACUGGAGAUUCAAUUGUCAGGCGGUAUCUAGUCCACAAUGCCGAGUACUUCUCUAUCGAGCAAAGGAUGUCAAUUUCCCUUAAUUCCUACGAAAACAGACGAGUCGUGCUUGUCCUAUCUGAUGGUGGAGAUACCCUUAUUUCUGGCCCCAAAGGACCGUGGACGGAUUCACUUCGACGUCUUGCGCCCAUGUCCCAUCCUGUCCGCCACCGGCCAAAAUUAGCACUACAUUCGUACAGUUAUGCCUUGCCCGAAGAUGAAGAAAAAGAUGCCAACUCGCACGGUAUAGACGUAUAUUGUAUGGCAUCAGUGCUCCAAAAAAACUAUGGCCGAAACCUAAACGCAGAUACCAUGAUGAUCGAUCCAUUCUACUCGCUACAUGAGAUUCUGGAUUGCUCGGCUGCAUGUGAAGCCCAGUUCCUCGAAUUCCUCGAGCGUAUAAUUGUGGAGGAAACACAGCUGACGGUCCGGGAAGCAAGUAACGAAAUAUCUUUUACAAACCUGCUUUACACCAUCGAGAUCCUAGAUUCUCAUAUGUUUCUCCUCUCAGAAAAUACCAAGAAGAUCAGGGUCCGGGGUAGCCAAAAGUGGCCGCGGGCUCUCGAAAACACCGACCAGGGAAUAAGGGCAAAGGCUGCCGCUGACCAUCUUCUCCACGACUAUGAAUUCCUCCUCGAAAAAGCCGAGAAGCUGCGGGAAAGAUGUGAACGUACAAUGAAGAUUAUCAUGAAUAACACUAAUCUUGCUGAAUCGAAGAGGGCCAUCGUGCAGGCUGAGCGUGUGGGUAAACUCACUAUGCUCGCUUUCUUUUUUGUGCCCCUGUCCUUUACCUCGUCCUUUUUUGGUAUGAAUGUCAAGGAGAUCAAUGCUAGUGGCUCUCCCAGUUACGGCGUUUGGAUUUGGUUUGUGGUUUCGAUCCCGAUAACAUUGCUGUCGAUAGUGCUGUAUUACUUUGAUGUUGGGCAGAUAUUGCGCGAUAUUUGGUCGAUGUGCGGACAGCUGCGGAGAUCCUUGACAAGACUUCUAUCCAAGGGCGGUUAAGGACCUUUCUAGGCGCAUUUUGGUGCGUACUUUUCUUCUACUUUUGAACCAACUCUCCUUCACCUUGAAUAUUCCAACAACCGGUUCUCAGGAUGCCUUUACACACUGAACAAAUGAGUCAGGAGGCAUUGUCAUGCUGUACCCAAAAUCCCAAUUCGCAAACACAGGCGGUUGCGAAGAAAUUCAACAUUCCCUGUACAUCGUUCCACAGACACGUCCAGGGAGCACAUGCGCGAAAUGACAACAAUAUUGUAAAUAAGCGGCUUGAGAAACACCAGGAAUGGGUUCUCUGAUGCCUGAUUGACCAGAGAAUUGAGAUGUGCCAGCUCCCACUGAUCAAGAUGAUUAAAAAUACAGCAGAGAUGAUUCUCCACCAUAAUCAUGCAGGCUGUGGAACUUCUGCUCCCAAAGCCGGUGAAUCCUGGACAUACCAUUUCGCGAGGAUAAUUCAUUGGAAUCUAUCCGUUUCCACCACAUACGACUCACCUAAUCCAGCCAUUAAAAGGGGGCCCCUUUCCGCAGUACAAGCACUACCAUGGCCUUGCUGUUAAUAUGGCUGCUCGCUCAGGGGGGAAUAACUUUCAACAUAUGCUAGUUUCUUUGCCAAAUUCCUCGAAUACGCCCGACAGUCAGACAUUCAAAGGUUCAACUGUUCCCGGUGGCUUUUCGCGACGGGGAAUAUGGCCGGUGGAUGGGCAUCUGAUAAUUCGAACUGCAAAGAAACGACUUCCUCCGAAAUGCAGGCAACAGAGGGCGGUCUUGCAGAGCAUCACGAAGCAGCUGAAUCUCUUUAAUGGAUUUUCUUAGUAAAGGACAGUGUUGCCAGCAUUCUGUCUAACCCGCCAUCAUCUUAGCAAUUCUCACCAAAAGCCUCGACUCGAUUUUGCGAAUACAUUGACGGCGCACAUGCUCUUUUGAAUCAAGUACAGUCACAAAUCGAGCAAAUAUCGCCGCAUUGCCACAGCGCCUUCACACCUCGCUCGUCCUAUGCUGGAUUGAAAUGCUUUGAUGCGGGGUGCAAACAGGGCAACAGAGUCGCGCAAAGCUGAAGGAUUGCAAAAGUGUCAAGUAGUUAGCAAACCAUGCUGGAACAGUGAGGAGUGUUACAAAUGCCCCUUUAGAACAGGUUCCUCUCCCCACUGUAGGUGCUAUAGGUGAGGUGGGUGAGCAGAUAAGUA